CUGCUUGCGCUGCUUUAGCCUGCGGCCUCCCCGCUCGUCUUCGCUUCCAACAUCAACUCCGUACUCGGGCCCAACGAAGCAAUCACCAGAAACCCCCACCAACGUCUUCAAGAUCGCAUUGAAUUUAUCUGUGCGAUAGUUACCACAUAUUGUUAUACGUGUGCCAGAGACAACCCCCCUACUUGAUCUGCCCUGGCCAGGCGGCAGAAACGAUGUCUCACACCAUGAGCAACGCCACGCAAUUCGACUACAGUGCCGAGUUCAAUACCGCCUUCAAUGAGUUCAAGACCAUUCGCGCUGAAGAGAGUAGGGUCUCGAAAUGCGGUGGAGAAUUCAUCAUUGUUGAAAAUGUUACCCGUCGACUCGAGAAUAGGUCACAGACAUGCCAUCGCAGGUUCAAGAACGAUCUCGACAGGCUAUGCCAGACUCAUUGGCUGCGUCAUAAUUCCAUGCAACCGCCAACGAUGCAACUGGAAGCUCUGAAGGGUUAUCGCUGUAUUUUCUAUAUACUGAUUGAAAUCGGUGCUCCAUCGAAAAUCGACGUGUUUCGCGAAAAUGGUCUCAGCGACAACAAAUUGCCGAUCGAUAUGGCAACGCUGAAAACUAAGAUACGAGCGCGAGAUUUCGAAACAUAUUUCGAUAUUUUCUUCAAGGCUCAAUUAGCCUGGUGCCCAGUGCAGUUCGAACUUGGUAUGAGAGAGAAGUACUUCGACAGAAUCAUGCCCGUUCUGGAGAAAACUGAGAUCAAGCCUCAUCGAGACGGUCGUGGACCACGCAAGAACACUGCGUCAUUAUAUUCGAUCGAGGUUCCCGAAGAGAUGGUUGGCCCAACGUUACAACGAAAGAUGGCGUCAGCAAGGUUCAAGCGCCAAGGGGAUCCUUCCCAAGGAUACCGAUAUAGAUUUGCCCUAAAACAGUUCGAGUUCGAGAAAAUUAGUCAUUUCCGAAACGAGGCCAACAUGUUUCAACAUCUCAGGGACAAAGACGGAAUGGUCCAAUACCUUGGGUGGUACCAGGGACUUGAGACCGACGGCGAAGGGAAACGGCGAGAGUACCAUAACAUCGUUCUGGAGCUCGGAGAUUCUGAUCUAUACACUGCUAUUCGCAAGUUGGAACCUCCUGUGUCUCCAAAGGAGAUCUUGAGUUUCUGGCAGGCAAUGUUUGGCAUUUCCGAGGCGCUCGCGUCUAUCUAUAAGCUCCAGUUUGGUGGCGUGGUCUACAACACUUGGCAUGCAGAUAUCAAACCUGAAAACAUACUUCGAGUUGACAACAGAUUCAAGUUGGCGGACCCUGGAGAGGCCUACAUUCAAUUGUCUAAUGCAGAUAAUCGUCGACAAGUGGCCAGAGUGACCGGAGGCACAAGAACCUAUGGUGCCCCAGAAAAGGCUGCAUAUCUGGAUGGGAAAAGUGCGCAAGAGCCUUCUGUCACGCAAACAAGUGAUGUCUGGUCACUUGGCUGUGUGUUUUCUAUCGCAGCAACCUAUGUCGUAUUAGGACCCCAAGGGGUUUUGAUCUAUGACAGAGUUCGAAGAGCUGGCCUACUCGAGAAGACCGGGGAGACAAGCGACACCUUCCACAACAACGGCGCCGUUCUUUCUGAAGUAAUAGAGUGGCACGAAUACCUUCGAGCAGUGGCACGAAAGACAGACAUGUACACGGCUGAUGUACUAAACAUGGUCGAUCAAAACAUGUUGGUCGCAGCCCCUGAUAAAAGAUUCACGGCCAGUCAAGUGCGGGAUUGGUUCAAAGGACGAUUGGAACGGUCUCCAAUUGCAAUUGAGGAGGUUCCAAACAGAAUUGAAAACCUCCUUCAAGCCAUUGAGCUCCAAAUAGAGCUCGAGUACGAACAACACUCUGGAAUCAAGCGACAUGACACAAUUAUCGUACCAAAUCGGCCGGCAUCGAGGAACGCUCAAGUUUCAACGGAACCUGACUUCAAGAGCCAGAAAGAACUUCUCGACCAAGGCAUUCGGCCAACAGCUCAUAGACCAGCCAGAGGCAACUCGCCGAACCCACCAACUUUGGCCCUGGUUAUGCCUUCUGACCAGGCCACUUCAACGCAGAAAUAUUCCGAUUACCGUUACAAUCAAGAUUACGCGUCGGAGCGCUUCGGAGGUCAUCACUCGCGAAUACAAUCGCCACUAGGAAAUACCAUAGUUCAAGUACCACCUCCCCGGACUGCUGUAACAAUGUGGGAAGUGAUGGAAGUUCUCGAAGAGCAUGGCCAUGGGCGACGUCUCACUAGCUUUUUAGGGAAAAAGAAACGGGUUUCCGUCAGAGGUAAGGCAGCGUGGAAAACGGAUAGCCUGACCGAACAUCUUGAUGAACGACUGGAGACGGAGUUUCGAAAGAGGGACAUCGUCUACCUUGUUGAUAACGGCACCUCCAUGAAACCGCACUGGAAACAUGCAAAGUUUAUCUUGGAAGGGCUGGUUUGGCGGUCUCUGGGCUAUGAUGAAAACGGAAUGGAACUUUGCUUCACCGAUCCAGACACUCCUCCUGCAGCAUUCAUCAAAGAGUCAAGGAAACAAGAUGUCAGCACAUUUUCAGAAGCGAUGAAGCUAGCCAAGCCAUCGUCGGACGACAAAAAGACAAUGAUUGUCCCGGAACUAGCACGAAUCAUCAACGACUACACAAAAGCGAUGCUUUCUAAGCGACACCCCAAGAAGAAGACUAUAAUUGUUCUGACUGAUGGUGUUUGGAGCGGCAUGAACAUACGAAAUACACUGGAUGAACAUCUCAGGGCCGUGUUCCAACUUUUGCGAGACCUUCACAAAGAUCUUCCGGUCCGCAACAACCUUCACAGUCAGGCCCAGGAAGACAUUGGAACAAUUCGCCCAAUUACUAUCCAGUUCGUGCGAUUUGGGACCGACAAAGAGGGAUACGAGAGGCUCAGGCAUCUUGAUGAUGACAUGACCAACUACGGAUGCCCUGACCUCAUCGAUACCGAACCGGCCGACGGAGAUGUUUACAAGAUGUUCCUGGGGAGUCUAUGCGACGAUAUCGAUCGCCAGCAGACCAUGUUAGAGCCCGCUCGUACGAUGGUGACCAGCCCCAGCUCCAUCAGCGGGAGCAUGCCCGCAGGACCGUUGAGUCGUGAGCCGACGCAAGAGAGAGAACAUUCAUUUCACAGAGAUUGCAGGGUUCAAGAAGCCUCUCCGCUCUCCCUGGACCCUCAGGAGUUGUCGACUUCACACUACGAUACCCACUCGACCCAAGGUCAAGUACUUCCGCUUCGCUUACCUCCCCCCCGGCACGGAACGGUACCCGUGCCUUUGAGGUCCGAAAAUUACCCCCAGCAACAACCACCUAUGACUGCAGUGCCGUGGGGGUUACCUACAGAGUCUGGUCAUGACCAGAAUUCAACGCAUCCUCGCGGGGAAGCCCCUUAUGUAUAUCGUCAUUAUUUUAAUCCGAGUUGAGCCUCUUUAAAGUGUGGUCUUUUCUCUUAUGUUUCCAUCAUUCCCUUUGAACCCCUGCACUCAAGGGACACGGACUUGGCUUAUCGAGAGCAGUUGUAAGGUUCCUCUUGUUCCCAAAUCACAUGGCUCUCGGGCAUCUAUCAGUUCAGUAAUUUUAUACCCAGACAUUUCGGGAGAUAUUCUUUAAUUGGGCGUUCAUGCCUUUGUUUUGCUUGAGUUCGUCGGGGCUUCAACUAGGUGCACUCUUGAAUCGUGGCGAAAUAGGGUUGAAAAAGGGCAGGUGAAAGACGGCUUUGGUGGGCUUUUGUUUGAAGCUCUGGCGUUGGAUUCUGGUAGCUCAUUAGUUAAUUAAUGUUAAUAGCUGUACCC